AGGGUUGAUGAACAGCUGUGAUCUGACCUGACGGGCCUCAGUGAGGCCUGGCAUGUGCACGAGCCAGCGACCCAGGUGAAGCAGGACAUUUUAAUCAAAGGUGCACACCUCCACCCGCCCAGAGAGACUGUUGGUUUCACAGCUAAUACAUUGUCAGUUAGCUGUCAAGGUUCUGCCAACUUUAUCCUGGAUAUCUGUAUCUUUUGUUAUGCAAAGUGAGUGUGAGCAUUAUCGGCACAGGUUAUUUGCAUGAAAUGGCAACUCUGUAUCUGAACUCGCAAGAGCUCAGACACUCAACACUAGCAACACAGUUUAGUCUCCGAAAAAAAAAAUUCUUGUGAAUACUUAAUGGUUUGGCAAUACUGUGAAUCCUCAAGAAAUUUUAAGCCAGUAUGAUUGUUAUCAUCGAGUUAUUCUAUCAUUUAAUUUUUUUUUAAUUCAGCAGGAGCAGGCGUGACUGACAUCCUAAGAUACAAAUUUUGCCAAAACCAAGAUUAAUUAUUUAAAAAAAUAUAUAUUUUCUACAAAUCAUAGUUGCCGAGAAAAGUGGUGCAGGUUUAUGUUCCUCUGCAAACUGAGGGCAACAGCAGUAUGGUUAGACACGGCUGGGACAUAAAUUGGUUCAUUAUUUCUUUGCUUACUUGUGUUUGUGUCAAUGUUUUCCACACAAAGUCUAAACACGUGAAGGUUUGGCGAAAUAAAUCUCCAAAUGGAUGUUAAGAAAAAAGCAUGUCUGGUCACCAGCUCCCUCUACUGGCCACUUUAUCAACAUACUGAGAAUGAAUUAAGGUCAUGCAUCAGUGAGAGAUAAUAAUUUAUUUCCAAGCAUCAUUUCUUCAGUCAGUUUGGUUCUAAUCCAAAAUAUUCUGAGCAAAGUUACCGCUAGUAUGUGUCACGUUAUAUGGUGAGUGCAAAGGCAGUGUUGGGUUUUGCAUAAGUAACCAACUGUUUCCCUGAUAGCAGGCACACAUCUCUCUCUUUGUCUUUCUGUCUUCUCUGCUUCUGUGUCUGUCUCACGUUUGUCUGUCUCUUCAUCUUGUCCUCUGUAACAAGUGGGAAAACACCAUCAUUUUAACCUUAGCGCCACUCGGAAAAACAUGGGGCAAACUGCGUUCUGACUGGCAACGAUACCAACACUCCCACCAACACACAUACACACAUACAACGGGGAUAUUGUUUGUGCUAUGUGAACUUCCAGAAACAGCUUUAUUUGCAUGGGUAUCGGUGUUUAUGAUCAGUUCUGCCGAGCCUCUUCCAAUGCAAAGACCAUGAGGUUAGGCAAAGCAGAGCAGCUCAUCAUUCAGCUCUGCGUAACAAGACAACACCACAACAGAGAAUCAGAAUGAAAGAGAUGUUUCAAUAUCUUUUGUUUGGACAACUCUUCAUAGCUGGUGUCGGCUCUGCCUGUGUUUCUGACAAGUGUCUGAGAUGUAACAUCACAGGAGCGACUCCAGCAGAUUUUUGUCCGAGCUGCCAAGACACUUGCAUUAAUGAUACAGUAUAUGCAAAUAUGUCAGCAGACUGCAAAAAAGCCUUUCAGGUUUCUAUCAAUAGCAGUGGAUCCAGCGUAAACGAGGGGGACGACAUCACUCUGACAUGUGUCCAUGACCUUCCCAGUUUGGCUCUGACCUUUGGGUGGAAGAAGAAGCAGGAAAUCCAGGAAAACGAAAACAAAAGCGAGCUGUUUCUCAAAGGAGUGCGUCCGUCUAUGUCGAGCCAAUACAUCUGCUUCUUGAACAGCUCAUGUGGCUAUUACGAGUCUUUGCCACACGGUGUCACUGUAAAGACAUGUGUCUUGUGUGCUUUCUUUCUGUCUGUGUUUCUGCCUCUGGGACUGUCUGUGUGUCCUCGUACAGACAACAGUGUGAUCCUCCUGGUGAUCUGUGGGAUUUCAUCUUUGGCCCUGGUCCUGCUUAUGGGUCUGGCAUUGAAGUUUAAGAUGAAAAGAGACAACGCUAAACAGAGAGAGAGAGUGGAGCACAGGAUACAGGCUGGGAAGAUACGCGAUCCGGCUCCAAUCGUUCCGAGGGCGUCCUAAUAUAUCACAAAUCAAUACUGACAUUGUUUCACAAUCUGCUUUUGUAGUAUUUCAUACGGAAAUAAAACUUAAAUGUAAACCCUU